GUCCAGGGAUAGGAAGUGACGUAAGGAUGGCGGAGGGGCGCGAGGUUUCAAGAUGGCGGAGGGUAGGCGUUUGACCGAGAAGGAGAGGUGAAGGCCCCUCCGGGGUAAAGGAGUCCGGGAAUCGUCCCCUCCCCGCAUCUAACAGUUCUGGGAGCCCAGCAGAAGUGGUUGUUUUUUUUUAAGAAUAAACCAUUAUAGAUUGCCAAUAUGGGGCGGAGAUCGACAUCAUCCACCAAGAGUGGAAAAUUUAUGAACCCUACCGACCAAGCUCGAAAGGAAGCCCGGAAGAGAGAAUUAAAGAAGAACAAAAAACAGCGCAUGAUGGUUCGAGCUGCAGUUUUGAAGAUGAAAGAUCCCAAACAGAUUAUCCGGGACAUGGAGAAAUUGGAUGAAAUGGAGUUUAACCCAGUGCAACAACCACAGUUAAAUGAGAAAGUACUCAAAGACAAACGUAAAAAGCUUCGUGAAACCUUUGAACGUAUCCUACGACUUUAUGAAAAAGAGAAUCCAGAUAUUUAUAAAGAAUUGAGAAAGCUAGAAGUAGAAUAUGAACAGAAAAGGGCUCAACUUAGCCAAUAUUUUGAUGCUGUCAAGAACGCUCAGCAUGUGGAAGUAGAGAGUAUUCCUUUGCCAGAUAUGCCGCAUGCUCCUUCCAACAUCUUAAUCCAGGACAUUCCACUUCCUGGUGCCCAGCCGCCCUCCAUUCUUAAGAAAACCUCAGCCUAUGGACCACCAACUCGAGCAGUUUCCAUCCUUCCUCUUCUUGGACAUGGUGUUCCACGUUUGCCCCCCGGCAGGAAACCUCCUGGUCCUCCCCCUGGCCCACCUCCACCCCAAGUCUUGCAGAUGUACGGCCGUAAAGUGGGCUUUGCUCUAGAUCUUCCUCCUCGUAGGCGGGAUGAGGACAUGUUGUAUAGUCCUGAUCUUGUGCAACGUGGUCAUGAUGAUGAUGUUUCCAGCACCAGUGAAGAUGACGGCUACCCUGAGGACAUGGAUCAAGACAAGCACGAUGACAGCACCGAUGACAGUGACUCGGACAGGACGGAAGGAGAAAGUGAGGGGGAUGAGUUUGUGCACCGCGAUGACAGCGAGCGAGACAACACUGAAGAGAAGAAGUCAGGUCUGAGUGUGCGGUUUGCAGAUAUGCCUGGAAAAUCAAGAAAGAAAAAGAAGAACAUGAAGGAGCUGACUCCUCUUCAAGCCAUGAUGCUUCGAAUGGCGGGUCAGGAAAUCCCCGAGGAGGGACGGGAAGUAGAGGAAUUUUCAGAGGAUGACGAUGAUGAUGAUUCUGAUGAUUCUGAAGUAGAGAAGCAAUCACAGAAACAGCAUAAGGAAGAUCUUCAUUCUGAUGGCACAGCUACUGCUUCUUCCCAGCAGCAGGUGCCCCCACAGUCUGUUCCUCCUCAGAUUCAAGCGCCGCCUAUGCCAGGCCCGCCUCCUCUGGGACCACCCCCUGCUCCACCUUUGCGGCCUCCUGGACCACCUACAAGCCUCCCUCCUGGGCCACCUCCAGGGGCUCCUCCAUUCCUGAGACCACCUGGAAUGCCAGGACUCCGAGGGCCUUUGCCACGACUUUUACCUCCAGGACCACCACCAGGCCGACCCCCUGGCCCUCCCCCUGGUCCUCCUCCAGGGCUCCCCCCUGGCCCUCCUCCCCGGGGCCCCCCACCAAGGCUACCUCCCCCUGCACCUCCAGGUAUCCCCCCGCCCCGUCCUGGCAUGAUGCGCCCGCCUUUGGUGCCUCCACUGGGACCUGCCCCACCUGGGCUCUUCCCCCCAGCUCCCUUGCCGAACCCAGGCGUGUUGAGUGCCCCCCCCAACUUGAUUCAGCGACCCAAGGCGGAUGACACGAGUGCAGCCACCAUCGAGAAGAAAGCCACAGCGACCAUCAGCGCCAAGCCACAAAUCACUAACCCCAAGGCAGAGAUUACUCGAUUUGUGCCCACUGCACUGAGGGUACGUCGGGAGAAUAAAGGGGCCGCUGCUGCCCCCCAAAGAAAGUCAGAGGAUGAUUCUGCUGUGCCUCUUGCCAAAGCAGCCCCCAAAUCUGGUCCUUCUGUUCCUGUCUCAGUACAAACUAAGGAUGAUGUUUAUGAAGCUUUCAUGAAGGAGAUGGAAGGGUUGCUGUGACUGCUUCCGGGGCCGAAACAGGCUUCUGUUCACAGCAGCGGUUCACGGAGCAGGACACUCGCACUAAAGCUUAGGUGAAAGAGCUGCUUCACUGUCAGGGUAUUUUCUGAUUUCAGCUCAAGGGGUACCCUAGAGUCCAGCCUUGUUUGGAGUUUCCUGCACGUGAGAGAGGGUAUUUCAUCCAGAAGUCUGGGUACCGAAGCCGUGCUGCUAAUAUCCAUUCUCUCCACACUGCCAUUUGCAUCCCAUUUCUUCCCCUCCAAUUUUUUGGGAAUUUGUGACCCGGCACAUCUUUUACUUGUUUUGACUCUCUUGUGUGCCGUGGGCCCUGGAAUAGAGAUUUCUCAAAAAACCAGUUUAUUUCAUCUUUUUGUGUUUGAGUUAUUUUUAAUAUUUUCAUGUAAAUAUUUUGUAAUAUUUUACUCGUAGUGAAAUGGACUGCAAUGUCAUUUCCUAAUUCAGAGUAGGAUAUGUGGGGAGAAAAUGUACAAUUCUUUGAUUAAAAUUAUUUCCCACUGACCUAAAUUUUGUUUCAUGGAAAAAAAUAAAUAAAUGUACUACCCCAACGAC